AUGGAAUGCAAUAAAGACGAAGCUCUACGGGCCAAAGAGAUAUCCGAGGCAAAGCUGGUAGAAAAAGAUUUCGUGGGAGCGAAAAAGUUCGCACAAAAAGCCGAUAAGCUAUUUCACGGGCUUGAAGGUGUGUCACAUCUAUUAGUAAUCCUCGAUGUUUACAUUUCCUCAGAGAAGAAGAUCAACGGAGAACCAGAUUGGUAUGGUGUUCUUGGUGUGGGACCCACAAGUGACGAUGAAACUAUCAGGAAGAAUUAUAAGAAACUCGCACUCUAUCUUCAUCCUGACAAGAACAAAUCAGUCGGAGCUGAAGGUGCGUUUAAGCUCGUGUCUCAGGCGUGGACUUUACUCUCUGAUAAAGUUCAAAAAAAAGUCUAUGACCAAAGCAGAAGCCCGUUAAGCCCGUUUACGAACCGGUUAGUGUCACUCAGAAGACGUCAGCCUCUACUACUAAGCCCGUUUACAAACCGGUUAGUGUCACUCAGAAGACGUCAGCCUCUACUACUAAGCCCGUUCAAACGAUUCCUAGGCCGCCAAACACGGCUACAUUUUGGACUUCGUGUCUAA